UCUGCAGAAACCAGACUUUGAAAACCUGGUCUUCCCUGUUUUUCUCUGAUCCAGUUGGUACCAGUCUGACUCUUUGGUGGUUCUGUCGGAGUAAAGCCCUCGCUGACAGGCCGGUCUAUCUGCAGCUCCAAGAUAGUGUUGUCCCCGUGCACUUCACUGUGCCUGCUGCCAUUAUACUACACCACGAACAUGAACAGUGUGAACGGUGUAGUGCGUCUCCAGCCUCCUGAUCACGGCUGAGGCUCAGCAUCUGCAGACGUUAAUAAAGUCUGGAGAUGCUGAGAGGUUUUUCUGUUUCCUCUCACAGCACCUGGCUUAAAAAUCUAUGACUUGGCAACAUAUCUGUGCCGUUCAUUCUGUAUUCUGAAGCUUUGACCACAGUGUGAGUGAAUGAUGGUUGUUUGUUCUUACAUGUGACCCGUUGAUGGACCGGGCUACUGAGCUUGUCCUUUGAAGAGGACCUGGGACAAUGGGUUCUCCACUAAACCAAGGAAAUGGAAACCAGGAUCAUACAGAGGGAAAACCUGCUCGAAAGUCACGGCUGGAGUGAGAUCAGAAGAAAAGAUCAGGAGUUUGCAGCUGGGACACCGGGUUUUGUUUGCUGGCUGCACCGUGCGCUCUGCACUCCAGCGCCUCCUUGGAGAAGUUCCACCGCAGUCCCAUGAACCACGCUCCUCUGCUCCUCGGCUCCUCUGCUGCUGUCAUCACAAUGCUGCCGGAUCGUCCUGCUCUAACUCCACAGGAUCAAUCCGAGAAGGGCAAACGGACCAUGUAACCAGAUCAGGUAUGACCCUGCAGCGUGGAGUGAACUCCGAACUUUGAGUUGUGGUUUUGACCUUUCUUUCCACCUUUGCCGCCUUGAAACACUCCUCUGAUGUGUUAAGCAACUUUGCUGAACAGAUUGAUGGAGAGCUGUUCGAAUGACAGCUGGAACUGUUGUCAUAACCGGAGGAAUACUGGCCACGGUGAUACUUCUGUGUAUCAUAGCUGUGCUCUGUUACUGUAGACUCCAGUACUACUGCUGCAACAAGAAUGGGUCUGACAGCGGCUCCAUCUCUCAGCAACACUUUGCCGGAAACGCCUGCAGCGUCACGGGGCUGGACGGGUCCAUCUUCACCCCGCUGUCCCUGUCACCACCGGAGCCGGUCAGGACCUCCAACCCUGCCAAACCUGGAGGAGGUCCUGGCCGCAGCUACUGCCCCACCUGCUCCCCGUACGACUCACCUUUCUACGUCCGCACCGCAGAUGAGAUGCGCAACGGCGGUGAGCGCAUCACCUACAUGCCCACACACUACGACAACCCGGCGCUGGCGAUGCCGCUGCCCGCCGUCCGAGGCUCCCUGCUGAGGGAGGCGCCGGGAGCAAGACCUCCUGAUUUCUAUACCAACACUAGAGCCAUCAGCACCGAGGUGUGAUCAGAAGCAAAAGAAGAAGAAGGAAAAAAAAUAAAUUAAAAUUUAAAAAAAAGAUCAGGGCAGUGAUUUGUCAAAAUAACAGCAGCUGCCUGUGGAAAUCUGCGGUUUUCCAGGUCACGUGAUCACUUUUGAGGAUGGUUAAGAAGGAUUUACUGUGAGGAUUUUCUUAGUCUGCUGUUGUGAAUGAAGCAGUGAUGCCUUGGAAAAAAAACCCCAAAAAACUUCCUGAUCUUUAAUGCCAUGAACUCCACAUGUGAAUUAAAGGCAGACCAAGGCAGUAACUACUGUAUGUGGUCCGUAGUACUUACAGUACUUUACAACUGUAACUACUGCAGGGAAUAGUUUUACACCUGUGUGUUGACAGUCACUGUGAUUUUACUGUGGUACUGUAAUACCCUCUUAGUGACCGCCACAAGGACAAAAGAAAGUUAAAAAAAAAAUAAAAUAAAAUGUAGCGACUGUGAAGUAACAUUUUUUGCAGCAGGAUGGAGCCUGGGAUACAGAGGAGGAGAAUGAAAGGUCAGCAUCCGUGUGCAGUUUCUCUGGAAGCAUGUGAGAGACUGGAGCGGCGUCACUGUCACACUCUGUCUCUCCUUUCAGCAGAUUUUUUUUUUUAAAGUCCUAUUCUGGAAGUUUCUGAGUCACGUGUCCACCAGUGAGAUACAUCACUGGUGGGGACGCCUGCAGUGAUUGGACACUGGAUCUUGGACACGACACCUACUGAGUUGCCAGAUCUGGUGCUAAAAAAACUUCACCUUCCUCCACUGAAUAGUCAAGUUUGUUGAAGUAUAGAUUUUCCUUUAUAAACACGGAUGCAAAAAAAAAAAUUGAAAAUGUAAA